AGAACGGCUCGCUGCUUGUGAGUAUGAGCUGCUGGAGACGCGCUCUCUGACUGAAUAUGGAGUUUGAAGCCAAGGUUUACCCGCAGAUCGGAGGUUUCGGACGAUACAACCGCGUGGUCACGGUCUUCAGCUGGUUCCCCAACUUCGCCGUGUCGCUGAACCUCUUCUGCGACGUGUUCUUCACGCUGGUUCCCGAGUCGUAUCACUGCAAGCCAGACCCUUCGCUGCUUCCCUCGACGCUCCUCUUCAGUAACUUCUCCAGACAGGCGUAUCUCAACCUCACCAUCCCCUGGGUGAACGGCUCUGGACUGAGCCACUGUGAGCUGUACAGGUACCCGACGAACCUCACCAACUUCACCGAGAAGGUCCACAGAGAGGUGGUGCCGUGUACCCGAGGAUGGCAGUAUUCCAAACCAGCCGGGCUUCAGAGCAACUUCGUCACCGAGUGGAACUUGGUUUGCGGGAACUACUGGAAAGUUCCUCUCCAGCACAUCUGCUUCAUGACCGGCUGGAUCCUGGGAUACAUUCUCCUUGGUGCUGUUUGUGAUUGGUUAGGCCGACGACGGGCUCUUCUGCUGUCCGUCUCUCUCUCAGGCCUGCUGGGAGUGGCCGUAUGCCUGUCCAGCAGCCCUGCCGCCUUCCAGCUCCUUCGCCUGUGCCACGGCACCGUGCUCGCCGGAGUCUUUCUGUCGUCCUACAUCGCCCGUUUGGAGCUGUGUGAUCCUUCUCACAGGCUGAUGGUCUCCAUGGUUAGCGGCUUCUUUGCUGUCUUUGCUGAGCUGCUGUUGCCAGGCCUGGCGGUGUUGUGCGGUGACUGGCCGGUGCUUCAGGCUGUCACUACGCUGCCUCUCCUGCUGCUGCUAUCUUACUGGUGCUGGGCGUCUGUGUUCCCGGAGUCUCCUCGUUGGCUUCUGGCCACGUCUCAGAUUCCUCAGGCUAAGAGAUGCCUUCAGUUGUUCUCCAUCCGCAAUGGAACAUGUAUGAGAGAUGAGAUCUACCCAGCUGAGACCCUUCUGACAGAGAUUGAUGUGGCUUUCCCAGAAGACCCCCAGCCACAGUACCAUCAUGCCCUCGAGCUACGGCACACCAGAGUUAUCUGGAGGAACUGCCUCAUCUUGGCAUUUACCCUCUUCAUUGGAACAGGGAUCCAAUACUGCUUCACCAGAAACCUCCACAUAUACUCACCGCAGUUCUACUUUGGCUACUUCCUGCGCACCCUGACCGGAGCCUUGGCCUGUGUGUUCCUCUGUGUGUUCGUGGACCGUGUUGGGCGCAGGGGCAUCCUGCUGCUGGCUGCCAUCGUCACAGGCCUGUCCUCACUGCUGUUGCUGGCCCUCACGCAGUAUCUGCGUGGGGGGCUGGUGCUGGUGCUCUCAGUGCUGGGGCUGCUCGCCUCUCAGGCUCUGGCUAUGCUCAGUGUGUUCUUCGCCAGUGAAAUCAUGCCCACCGUUGUGCGCGGUGGAGCUCUGGGUCUGGUCAUGGCCGCUGGCUCUGUGGGCAUGGCAGCCUCCUCUGUGAUGGAGCUGCAGAAUAACAGCGGCUACUUUCUGCACCACGUUGUGUUCGCCUCCUUCGCUGUGCUCUCGGUGCUGUGCAUCAUGCUGCUGCCCGAGAGCAAGCGCAAAGCCCUGCCCGACUCCCUGAAGGAUGGAGAGAACCUGCGCCGCCCACCCCUCUUCCUGUCCCGCGGGGAGAGGGACAGCCUGCCCCUGCUGCGCACCCGCCACCCGGCCUCCGAGUACAACCCCGACAACUACUCCCGCCUGGUCAGUGCCACGAGGAAGAUGCUGGCCAAAGAGUCCGUGCCGUACAAGAUCGUCGUCCCCUCUCAGCCGCCGCUGCUGCCCAGUAACAACACUGCACAGCCCAGCCACGACGAGUCGUCAUAGCAGCAGUGCACAGCUGAGUCGGCUGACUUUUGAAAAUGUUCGCAAACGUGUUCUCGAAUAUGCUGACAGUGUAACGUAAACAGUCCUGUUCAUAUUUAUACAUGGGCUUGAUGAGGCCUUUGGUUCAAAUGCCUUUCUUUGUGAUCAUCUGUCCAGUUGUCCCUGCUUUUUGAAGAGGACAGUAAACGUGAGGCUAUUUUGAGGUCUGUUAAUUCUUCAAGUGAAGCCCGAGUCCAGCUGUGUCUUUCAGAACAUCUGCGAGUGGUGAAGGGAGAAGAAAGAGGAGGUCACUUCAAGAAGGUUGUUUGGACGCUCUUCCCUCAGUGAACUGUCCCUCACCCACUUGCGAUUGGUUGAUGUUUCCAUUUCCAUUUCGUCUCAGGAUGUUUUCGAGGACCACAGUGACGGGAACUGCUCCGCCUGUUUAUUACGAGCAUGAGUGUUGAGGUGAAGAGCCUCUUUGUUACAAACACAGUUUGACAUUGGCUACAAUCAUCUAGAGCCCUGCAGCGUACAUUCUUCUGUUGAGCACACUUUAAGAUGUUUACUUACUCAUCGUCCGCUAACUAAUCCGUUGAGUUUGUGUUGUACCCGAUUGUCGACGUUGGUCGCCUCUAGAACAUUCUCCCCCAUUCAGACUGGUUCAUUCGGCUGGUGAAUUGAUCUGUCUACAGUCCGCCUACAAAUGCCUUCUUUUGGAGCUGCCACUUUACAGAACAUUGAGAAAGAAAUCUCUCUUAAAACAAUAACAAACUUACUACCAUGAUAAUAACAGUCUAUCCAACAGUGUCACUUAUCACACAUAUAUGAGACAAAUAUAGUUGAAAGUUAUGAAGUUAAAUGAAAGUUGAAGUUUAUGUUUAUGUAGCCCAUUCUCACUGUAAAGAGGAGGAAAAAUUGGCUCCAUCUGUUUUUCUUGUCUGUUUCUGGCAGCAGUCCCAUUUUUAGCUUGGUAGAUUGAAAUAAUCAUUGAUUUUCCCGUAACAUUGGCUUAGCAUCCUGAAAAUAAUGACUUAUUUUCUCAAAGGUUUGACACUGCAACUCAAAAUAACUUAUUUUCUCAGUUGUUUGAUCUAGUAUAUUAAAAUCACUUAGAUGUCAUAAUAAUUACCUCAUAUCUCAUUCUAAUGACUUACUCUGGAGUGGUGUUGAUUAUUUCAGAUAUGUAGUCAAUACUGUGAGAAACUGAAGCACUUUGAGAAAAUAAGUCAUAAUUUUGAGAUACUAAGUCAGUGUUUUGGCAUACUGCUGCCUGAUACUGAGAAAAAAAUCCAUAGAUGGCUUUUUCUUCUCUCCCUGGUGGAAAUACACUGAUCAGGUGCAACGUUCUGACCACCUCCUUGUUUCUGCGCUCGUUGUCCAU